AUGGAUACACACUCUGACGAUGAAGUCAUUCUGAAGCUCACCCGUAAUAAUGAGCCUGAUCGCUGCAAAGUCAUUGAUCACAUUAUCCCGGCAAGGCUAUCAAGGGUGCACCCAGAGCGCUCUGAAUCGAGCUUCGAACUGCUAGGCACUUUACCAGCAGAGCUACUCCUCAUCACCCUUGACCUUCUCGACUUUCAGUCGCUAUCACGUCUCUCGCGCACCUGCUUGAGAGCCAAGAGAGUCGUUGAAAAUUUCGUGCCGUAUCAGCAGGUGAUCAAACAUGCGCCGACAGUCCCAACAGCGUUGAUAAAGGCAGGCCUCGUUGGCCACUACCCGUCUUCAGCGGUGUAUCGCACCCUACGGACCGAUCGCUGCGUUUCUUGCACACAUUUUGGAGGAUUUUUGUACCUGCCCACUUGCGAGAGAGUCUGCUUCGAGUGUCUUCACCGAAACAGAGGACUAUGGAUGAUAACAAUACGGAUGGCCAAAAGGUUCUUCGCCUUGACAUACCGACAAGUCCAGACACUCCCUAUCAUGCGCAUCAUCCCAGGGACAUACUGCCUCCGGACCCGCGACAAAACGCACCGGGACCCUUUUCGCCUGGUCAGCGUGAAGGCAGCCAAGAGCUUGGGUAUUGAAGUUCAUGGGUCUGCUGAAAACAUGGCUGCGCUAUUACCCGAACUGACGAGAGAAGGGCGAACGCUCAACCGCCUCUUCGAACGCUACCUCAAAGCGCCCGUGGAGGCACCAGGAUGCGAUAUGUCAACACUUCCUCCGCUUAUGCCUCGUGUUGGGGACGAUCCGUACGCGGGUGUGUCUAGCCUGCGCGCACCUUACAUCACAGACACAGGAGCGGACUGGGGGCAGCUUUGCAAGGGAUGCCAGAUUACGUACAAAGAUUUCUCCUAUGGGGGGAUGCCUGCUAGGGUUUUUGCACGAUUAUGCCCCCCCAUUCCCAACGUGAGACCAGAGUCACCCAUGUUUGCUUUAACAACGAGAUUGCGUUCGCGGCAUGGGAUCUUGGCUCAUGCGGACCAUUGCUUUGGAGCGCUGAAGAUACUGAGGGGUUUGACCAACGGCGAGGCAGCCAAGGCUUUCGAGGCUAAUUAUACAUAA